GGUCUUGCUUGCAACCUUUUCUUAGUCACCUUGACUAGAGUUUUAUAGGGCCACAAUUCUUAGAUUUAAUCAAUAGUUCCCAUAUUUACUUGAAGAGACGCCAGGACUACAGCCUUCUUUCCAAUUUUAAUAUUUGGUCUCCUGGAGAGAGUUUUCUGCAGAGAUAUUUCAUCUGCUUGCACACAGAAGAUUCAUCACUGAAGACCAUUCAAGAGACCCACCUCCUCCUCCCACACAACGCAGUUCCCAUUUGGAGUCCCUUUCAUCCUCCUCUGAAUCUCAGUGAGAGCAAAGUGUGACAAGCAAACAUGCUGCUGCUGGUAGUGCUUGUGGCCACAGCCUCUUGGUCUUAUGGAUUUGCACAGGAAAUUCCCAUGCAAAGUCCUAUAUCCAUCACCAAGUUCCAAAAAAGUGCACGGAUGACAUGUGAAAUUCAAACUUUAGAGGCAAAUCUUGAUGCCAUCGUCAUACACUGGUAUAGGCAGAAGGAGGGUAAAGCUCCGGAGAGGUUUCUGUUCGCUUCAGAAGGCACAGUUAUUGUUGAAAAUGGCUUUCAAACAAACAGAUACAUAGUUGAAAAUAGUUCUGCCCAGAAGCGAUGUGUUCUUACAAUAAAAAAUGUGAUUCCAGAUGAUGCUGCUACUUACUACUGUGCCUACUGGGAUCCUCACUGUGUGUGGGAUCCUGACGUCAAAAUAUUUGGAAGUGGAACUGAACUUAGAGUUUCAGAAAAAGGAAGUUCUCCACCAGCAAACUCUGAAAUCCUGCAAAAAAACCAUGAAAAUCAGAUAACAUAUGUUUGCCUAAUUGAGAAAUUCUACCCUGAAGUUAUUAGGGUGACAUGGACUGAUGACAAAAAGGAGGUAACAGAUGAAGUAGUAAAAGGUGACACUUGGCAGUCCACAAAAGAAGAUGAAUAUUCAGUUGCCAGCUGGUUAACUGUGCCAGCAGAGAAUGAGGACAAGAAAUACUACUGCAAAUACGAGCACGAAGAGGGAAAGGCUUCACUGCCAACACAAGUGGAUUAUGUGAAGACUGCUCCUCAGGAAGAGGUCUGCAAAACAGUUAAUAGAGAUCAGUUAAUGUACAGGACAGCAUAUUUAGUAUAUAUCAUCCUUCUUCUGAAGAGCUCCAUGUACUACCUUAUCCUACUCUUCUUCAUCUACAGAAUAUGGGCUUCAACCAAACACCAAGGAAAGAAAGCAUAAAUGCUGUUUCAAGAAAGGGCUACAAAUUGAUCUUCAAUUUACUUUGCCGUAUGCUUAUCCAUACAUAAUCCCCUGCUCUCAGUGUUAAAUGUAACAGCAAAAAAAAAAUUCCAAGAUAAUUUUCUGCUAUUAGUGCAUAAAGCCUCAUUUUGCUUUACUCCUAGUGUUUUUGUAUCAGUCUGGUUUUCCAAUUUUUUUCUGAAUAUUGAAUAAAGAUAGGCAAUUGGAAUAAUGCAUUUUAAUCCAAGUCCAUAUUGCAAAAUGAAGAAGGUAGCCAUGUCAAAAGUAGCUAUGCAUCCAGAAGCUUAGGGCUAUAACAGGGCUUUUGACAUAUAAAGCACAGAUGUGUUUUGUCACCAUAUUUAAGGCUUAAUUAGGAGCAUUCUUGUGCAGUAAAUUCACAGGUUUGGUUCAUUUUUACUCUCAGUGAUUUGUUGUAACUCUCAGGUAUCCAACAAAUCAGGAAUUAAUUAUUCCGAAGCGGUAUGCUUUAAGAGACAAUUAAACAAAACUUUUAAAAGUGAACAAAAGAAUUUUGAAUGAGGAAGUCAGAUGAGAAUAAAAGUAAUUCUAAGGUGCACACAUGCAGAAAUUGAAGAAAUCCACCAGCACUGUGACAUUGUCUGAAAAUCUGCACAUUGUAAUUUAAAAACAAAGAAAACAAUCACAAUAAUCAUGAACUUCACCUUGUUUAAAGGCACCUUUUAAAAUUGAGCAAAACCUCGAAUGUGAAGCUGUGAUAAAGUAUUUUCACAAGGGAGGAAAAAUUCUCAGAGACUUUGAACUCUCAAUCUCCCAGUUCCACAAAUCAAUUCCUUUCAAAUUUUUGUGGAAAAAUAGGAAGUAGACAGAUUGGGAUAAAUCACUUGAUUGAUUUUGGGCAAAACACUGCCCUAGGUUUUGGAGACAUACCCCUGUAGCAUUUACAUUCAAUGUGUCUGUAAUAAUGGUGGCAAUAAAAACU